UCUCACUCACAGUGACACAGUCAGUCCUUUCGAAUUAAAUACACAGGGGAGCCGCACAGGAAGGAACCAUUCAGCCCAGGCAGAGUGCAUUGGCACUUAGUCCCCGGGCAAGCAAUCAGACAGACCAAGGAGCCUGCGAGGGAGAAGCUGAUGAAAUACCUGGGAGCAGACAAUGAUCGAGGGAUCUUACUUCCUGCUGUUCCUCCUCCAAGCUGGACUGGCACAAGAGUGGAAAUCGCACAGUCCUCGUAAGGUGACAGCGCAGAAAGGUUCCUGUGCUCAGAUUCCAUGUAAUUACAGUUAUCCAUCACAUCUGGCAAACCAACCACGAAUCGGAAUCUGGUUUUAUCAAACAGGAUCUAAUCAGUGGUCGACAGCCUUUCAUUCCCAGUAUCGGAGUUAUGAGGCAACUCAGUUCCGCAAUCGGACCCAGCUGUCUGGAGACCUGAAAGAUGGAGACUGUUCCCUGAUUAUAAACAACAUCAAGCGGGGAGAUUCAGGAUUUUAUUAUUUCAGAGUGGAAUUUAAUGAUACGGAAAAAUAUAGAUACAAACCUGCAACCCAGCUUCAAGUUUCUGCUGGGCCAUCACAAGAGUGGAAAGGCAGUACUCCUCGAGAGGUGAUAGUGCAGGAAGGUUCCUGUGCACAGAUACCAUGUCGUUACAAUUAUCCAUCAUGUCUGAAAAAUCAACCACGAGGUGGAAUCUGGUUUAAUGGAGAGACUGAGAAGUUACGGACUCACAUAGCCUUUCACUCCAAGGAUCCCAAUCACAAAUCACGAGGGUUCCGCGAUCGGACCCAGCUGUCUGGGGACCUGAAAGAUGGCGACUGUUCCCUGAUUAUAAACGACAUCAAGCGGGAAGAUGCAGGGCCUUACUUUUUUAAAGUAAAGUUUGACAACGGUCCGAGUCAUCACUAUUAUCCUGUAACUCAGCUUCGUGUUUCUGAUUUUACAGAUAAACCCACGAUAUUCCCCGUGCAAAUUAUUGCAGGAAUGCAUGUGAGAUUAAGGUGCACUUUCAACACAACAUGCAUUGGAACAGCACCCACCCUAACCUGGGACACUCCUACCAUCGUACGUGGAUUGGUCUCAAACACUAUAACUCAGCAUGGUGUCACUCUGACCUAUACUUCUGUUCUGAGCCUGACACCAUUACUCAGACACCAGGGACAAUCUCUAACCUGCAGAGUGAGUUAUUCAACCGUUUCAUCAGAGCAGACCUUCGUACUGACAGUGCAAUAUGCACCAGAGGAUCUCACAAUUACCUCCCUCAAUAGGAUGAAAGAUUCAUCAAUCAGUACAAUCAAGGGGGAGUCUGCAGUGAUAAUCUGCUCUGUCAGGAGCUUCCCAGCUUCUAACCUGAUGUGGAGACAUCUUAAUGCCAUCAUGAAUAGAACAAGUUUCAGCAAUGAGCUGUGGUUGGUGAUUCCUAAUGUUACAUCCAGGGAGGCUGGAGACUAUCAGUGUGUGGCAGAGAAUGAACAUGGAACAGUGGAAGACUCCCUAACUAUCACUGUGGAAUAUGCGCCAGAGAAUCUCACAAUUACUUCCCUUGACGGGAUUAAAAAUUCAUCAAUCACUAUAACUGAGGGAGAUUCUGUUUUGAUAACCUGCUGUGUCAAGAGCUUCCCAGCUUCAAACCUGAUGUGGAAACAUCUUGGUGUCACAAUGUACAGCACAAGUUCCCACAAUGAGCUGUGGUUGGAGAUUCCUCACGUUACUCCCCGAGACACUGGAGACCAUCGGUGUGUGGCGCAGAAUGAGCAUGGAACAAUGGAAGGCUCCUUAUCCAUCACAGUACAAUAUCCCCCACAGGAGACCACAGUGUCCAUCAGUGGAGCAUCAGGUGGGAUCAGAGAGGGGCAGAAUGUCACAUUAACCUGCUCCAGUGAAAGUGUCCCACCAAUAUCUCACUACAGUUGGUUUAGGACUGAGGGAACCACCAGCAUCCAGUUAAACACAAGCAGCCAGAUUCUCUCCAUCGCUCCAGUCACACGAGGGAAUAUUGCAGGGUUCUACUGCACAGUGACAAACCCAUUGGGCAACAGCAGCUCCAACAUGACUCACCUGAAUGUGGAAUAUAAGCCAGAAAUUUCUCAAGAAUCGAAAUGUGCAGAGAGGGCAGAGGGGAUCACCUGCGUCUGUGCGGCCAACUCCAACCCUCCGGCAAAUAUCACCUGGCACCUUUCCCAUGCCAACCUCAGCGGUAACCAAACACAUGGAGGGUUUAUGUCUGAGCAGCUCCGAGAGGGGCAUCUGGUGAAGGGAUUCCUGAUCCUGAUGGGACACCAGGAUGAAGAGGAAGUGGUGGUAUUCUGCUCAGUUCAAAACCCCCACGGGACAUCCUUGUUCAAGGCCUACCAGUGGCUCAAAGGUAGAAAUUCCAAGAAAUGGACAUUGGGAUUAGUCGUGGCUGGAAUCGUAUUGAGUGUUUUCCUGGCUGGAAUCUUAAUUUUCCUGUGCAUGCGAAAGAGAAAGCCAGCGAAUAAGGAGGCACCUUCAAAGACCAAUGACGCUGUAAUGAUCUACAGUCAAAUCUCGGUGAAGCACAAGGGUUCACGGAACAGGAUACUUACUGACCCUCAGAUCCCAACCAGGGACACAGCUGGAGAGAUUCGACAAGCUCGCCAGCAUGUCUUUGGAGGUCCAGUGGGAGAAGCCGCUACACACCCUGAUGGAACUGAGGACGUUGUCUAUGCCAAUACCAACUUGUCAAAGCUGCCCUGCGGUGACGGGACCAUACAGAGGGGCGAGGAAACAGAAUACGCAGAGAUCAGAUUCCAGCCCCAAACCGAGGGAAAAACAGGGAGGAACAUGUGAGGGGUAGUUGCAGCUGUUAAGGUUAAAUAACAAUGAAGAGAAAAUGACAUUGUCUAACUUUGUUCUGAGACUGGAACACUCCACUUCGAGCUUUGCAGUUUCUAAAACACUGAGAAAUUACACAAAGUCUUCAGCUUCUGUACACGUGAUUAAACCACUCAGACACA